UUUUAGGGCUCGGAGCUGACCCUAACCGCGACACGAAACUAGGGUUUUACACUCUCACUUAUAUGCUCCUCCAAAACUUUGAGACAGGGAGGAAAGAGUUGGCGUUUGAGCUGAGGAACCCGGCUGCUUCUCUCUCAAGCACGUCACAAAAUGGUUUCUUUCAGGUUUCACCAGUACCAAGUGGUCGGGAGAGCACUUCCAACUGAGUCCGAUGAGCAUCCAAAGAUCUACCGCAUGAAGCUUUGGGCAACGAACGAGGUCCGUUCAAAAUCAAAGUUCUGGUACUUCUUGAGGAAGCUUAAGAAGGUCAAGAAAAGCAAUGGACAAAUUCUUGCCAUCAAUGAGAUUUUUGAGAAGAAUCCUACCAAGAUCAAGAACUAUGGAAUAUGGCUGCGAUACCAGAGCAGAACUGGUUAUCACAACAUGUACAAGGAAUACAGGGAUACAACUCUGAAUGGUGCUGUUGAACAGAUGUACAACGAGAUGGCAUCUCGCCACAGGGUUAGGUCACCAUGCAUCCAGAUCAUCAAGACUGCUACCAUCCCUGCAAAGCUUUGCAAGAGAGAGAGUACCAAGCAGUUCCACAAUUCCAAAAUCAAGUUCCCAUUGGUGUUCAAGAAGGUUAGACCCCCAACCAGGAAGCUCAAGACAACAUACAAGGCAUCCAGGCCCAACCUGUUUAUGUAAAUUGGUUGGUUUAAUUUGUUGGUUCUUCGAUCUGUGACCUUGUUAGGCUGAAUAGAUUGUUGAGCUAGAGAGGAUUAGAGCUAGAUCUCUUUUAUGAACCCAUUGCUUCCAGGAGCUUAUUCUGCAUCUACUGCUGUCCACCCUUUCAAGUUUUGAAGCUCAUGUGUUUUGUUAAGUUGCCUGAUUUCUUUUUGAAUUUUGUGCUCGUGGAAACUUUCUGGUGCCUUCCUUGUAUUGGCGCUGUCAAAACUUAUGAAAAUGUUCUUUCCAGUUUUGAA